AUGGCAAAAAUCAACACCCAGCACUCCUACCCUGAUAUGCACAGACUAUCUGUCAGAAAUACUGAUGAAGACAUUGAAAGGAUUGAAAAUGGCUUUAUCAGAACUCAUUCGCUAUGUGAGGAUUCAUCCUCUGAAUUGCAGAGGGUCAUUUCAGUGGAGGGAAGAGGUCUGCCUGAAUCUCAGACAAGCUCAUUCACGGGCAGAGGAGCAAUGGCAAGGCUCUCGCAGUUUGUUGUAUCUCUGAGGUCAUGGGCCACAAGACAUUUGCAUCACGAAGACCAAAGACCAGAUUCUUUCCUGGAGCGUAUCAGAGGGCCAACAUUCAUAGAGGUGUCCAGCAGGCAAAAUAAAAUCCACUCCAGUGUGGGUGUCGAUGAGCAGCCUGGGAAACUGAACAGGAAGAAAAAAGAGGUCUUUGUGAUAGAUCCUUCAAGCAACAUGUACUACAACUGGCUGACAAUAAUUGCAGCACCUGUGUUCUAUAACUGGUGUAUGAUAGUGUGCAGAGCCUGCUUUGAUGAGCUACAAAUCGAYCAUGUUAGGUUAUGGCUGGUCUUGGACUAUUGCUCUGAUAUCAUCUAUAUUUUUGACAUGUUCGUCAGAUUCAGGACAGGCUUCCUCGAGCAAGGCCUGCUAGUUAAGGAUGAAAAGAAAUUACGAGAACAUUACACCAAGACCAUGCAGUUCAAGCUGGACGUGCUCUCCCUCCUGCCAACGGACCUGGCCUACCUAAAGCUCGGUCUGAACUACCCCGAGCUGCGCUUUAACCGCUUGCUCAGGAUUUCUCGGCUCUUUGAGUUUUUUGACCGCACAGAAACCAGGACAAAUUACCCAAACAUGUUUCGCAUCGGAAACCUCGUCUUAUACAUCCUGAUCAUCAUCCACUGGAACGCCUGCAUCUACUUUGCAAUCUCGAAGGUCAUUGGCUUUGGAAGCGACACCUGGGUGUACCCCAACGUGUCCGUUCCGGAGUACGCGCGCCUGUCCAGGAAGUACAUUUACAGCCUGUACUGGUCGACGCUCACGCUGACGACCAUCGGGGAGACGCCGCCUCCCGUGAAGGAUGAGGAGUAUCUCUUUGUGGUCAUCGACUUCCUCGUGGGCGUGCUCAUCUUCGCCACCAUCGUGGGGAACGUGGGCUCCAUGAUUUCCAACAUGAACGCCUCCCGCGCCGAGUUCCAGGCCAAGAUCGACUCCAUCAAGCAGUACAUGCAUUUCCGCAAAGUGACCAAGGACUUGGAGGCCAGGGUUAUCAAGUGGUUUGAUUACCUCUGGACUAACAAGAAAACGGUGGAUGAGAAGGAGGUGCUUAAAAACCUGCCCGACAAGCUGAAGGCUGAAAUUGCCAUCAAUGUCCAUUUGGACACGCUGAAGAAAGUGCGGAUAUUCCAGGACUGUGAAGCCGGGCUUCUCAUUGAGCUGGUGCUGAAGCUGAAACCUACGGUCUUCAGCCCUGGAGACUAUAUUUGCAAAAAGGGAGAUAUUGGGAGAGAAAUGUACAUUAUCAAAGAGGGAAAAUUGGCUGUGGUGGCAGACGAUGGCGUGACACAGUUCGUGGUCCUAAGUGACGGCAGCUACUUUGGUGAAAUCAGUAUCCUGAACAUCAAAGGUAGCAAAUCUGGCAACAGGAGGACAGCCAACAUAAGGAGCAUUGGCUACUCUGAUUUGUUCUGCUUGUCUAAAGAUGAUUUAAUGGAAGCCCUCACUGAGUACCCAGAUGCCAAAAAGGCCCUGGAAGAGAAAGGGCGACAAAUCCUGAUGAAGGACAACUUAAUAGAUGAGGAAGCAGCAAAAGCAGGAGCUGACCCAAAAGACUUGGAAGAAAAAAUUGAAAAACUUGAAGCAGCUCUGGACACGCUGCAGACGAGGUUUGCUCGGCUCCUGGCAGAAUACACCUCAGCUCAACAAAAAGUGAAGCAGAGACUUGCCAAAGUGGAAAACAAGGUGAAGAAAUACGGCAGUGGCACCGUGUCAGAGCUAGAGGCUGAGGCUGCAAAACCUGAGGGGGAGAAAAAGGACUAAAUGAGCAUUUAUGUUUUCUCGUUUGUUAGAGAAGGCUGAAGCAUGUAAAAGCCAUAAAUAUGUAUAAAUAUAUGUGUG